AUGGAGUCCAUCAAGCAGGGUGUUAACUACGUCGCUGAGACCGUCCAGGGUGCCGUCUCUGGUGCCAGCAAGGAGACCAACAAGGAGAUUGCCAAGGACAGCAAUGUCAGCGUUGGCACUCGUCUCACUGCCGCCAAGGACGCUGUUGGUGACAAGGUUGACGAGUCCGCUCACAACGGCAAGGCUGAGGCCCACAAGGAGUACGCCAAGGCCUAA